AAGACUCUUCGGCCGUCUGUCGAAGCAACUGCUGUUUUCAUUCGUCGGCCACACGGGUUCCUUCCGGUUAACCGGCCAACGCGCGGCGGUUGGAUGGACCGCUCGUUGCCGCCUCAUCAGUUGCUGAUCCGGCCGAGCUGAUGCCGGUGACGUUCCUCACACAGUUGUUGUCGACCCGGUGCAGGUGUGCCGGUUUGGAGUUGCCAAGAAGAUGCUGUGGUGUAAUGAUGAUUCAUAUAAAGAAUCUAGUGAUACAGACUUGGAUGAUGAUUCUGCCAAGUUGCCUACUAUAAACUUCACAGGUAUUCAAAGUCAUGCAAUUUCUGAUGGGCCCAUGGAUUUUAAAUAUAGUGCUUCCAAAAAGGCAUCAAUUAAUGUAGAAGAUCCAAACUUCAAAAGCUGUGACCUUCUAUUACCUAGUGAAGCUGGAUGUGCUCCACUGGAUGUCAACCCGUCUGUUGCUUGCUUAUCCAAUGAAGUAGUAAUGGUUGUGAGUAGUGAGAGUGAUGGUGAGGAUGAUCUUGUAAUUCCUUUGUCAGAAAGACUAAAGAUGAGGUUUACUGAAAGCAAAAAGUUUGAGAAGACUGACCAUUCAAUUUCAAAAUCUGGUCAAGAAAACAGUAAUUUUCCUAGUAAACUUCAACAUGGUAAUGUUGAUCCCAAGAUUAAGUUGACUGAUGUCACUGAAAUUAAAGAUCAAACUACAGGAUCUUCAUUCAUUCGGCAGAGAACUAAUAUUUGUCAUUCAACCUGGGACAUUUCACUUUCGGAUGAUGACACUGAACCAGUAAAAUUACAUGAGCCUCAGUCAAAUUCGAGUCAGCCAUGUAUCGGGGAUCUCACAUCCUCCAAAGAGGUGACAUCAACUCUGCCUAAGCAUCGGAAAAAGAUUAAACCAAUUUCAUCAGAAAUGGGAAAACUUCAACAGGAGAAAUUGAAAAAAUGUGAAGAACGCGAACUGCAGCGAGCAGAGAAGGAAAAUAUUCGUAGACAACGGGAGGAGGAAAAAGCUGCAAAAAAGAUGUUGGCUGACAUUGAGAAGAUGUUGCGACCUGGGGAGUGCCUGAAAUCCAUGCAGGUCUUAAUUGAUCCAGGAUUGCUGCAGAUAGAAGGAGGAGGACAACUGCUAAGCACUCUGCAGGUCAUGGAGGUUAGCUGUGUAAUAGAAGAUCAGACCAUUCCCCACAGUGUGACCUGGAGGAGGAGACACCCUUGUAUUGCAGGGCAGCAGAUGGAUGCAGUGACUGAGUGGACGGAUGAGCUUCAUGUUGUAGUCCACAUUCCACUGGAGAAGUUUGUGUCAAUGGUUCAUGCACAGAAACGGGAAUUGGAAGGUACUGUUACCAAAGACCAGAUGACGUUGCAAAGUUUUACUCUUGAUAUCCUUCAGAAAAGUGCAGGGAGAGUUCCAUCGUUGGCCAUUGUGGAACUGGAGAAGCACUUCAGUUUACAGAAGAAGCAGAGAUCACAGAAGAAACCCCAGCAGACAGCUGCCAAAAAUGGACAAGACAAACGGAGACGGAAAGGUUGUGAGCACAAUGUGUCUCUGAUAUCAAGAGCAGAUGUCGAAAUAGCUCUGGUGCACUUGCAGCUGUCUGUUGGAGUUCAGGUCGAACUCUUUGAGACGUGGAAGGAGUUUGCAGAUUAUGUCAGCAUGUUCACCAAAGCCGUGGCUGAGGCCCCAUUCAAGAGAGCACGGGACAAUAAAGGAUUAUCUGUCUACUUAGAAAGUGAUGGGUCAAAGCGGGUGAAGAUUGAUCCUUCUGGAAAAGGUCUCCUAAACAUUUGGAAGAAGCAAAUUCAACAACUAAACCGGGUCAGCUCUGAAAUGGCAAAUGCUAUCAUCUCCGUCUAUCCAUCUCCAAAGUUACUUACCCAGGCAUACCAGAUAUGUAGUUCUGAACAUGAGAAGGAGAAGCUGCUGGCUGACAUUCCUGUUCGCCGUGGAGAAGGAGUAACCUCGACAACACGGAGAAUUGGGCCUGAACUGUCGAAACGUGUCCAUUUGCUGAUGACUACCUUGGAACCAGAACAUUUUCUUGAAUAAUGCAGUAGUAACUUUCUCAAGAUCAGAAGCUUCUGAAAUGCAUUUUUUAAAUUUGUUUCCGUAGACUGUCAACAUCCUUAAUCCCCUCCUGUGACUGGAAUAUGAGAUUGGCUGCUGGAGCGACAGUAACCAAUCUUGAAGCCUAAGUUACUCUGUAGCAAGGGACAAAAGUGAUAGGACAGGACAAAAGUGAUAGGAGAUAUACAGUUUAUUAUAGUGGAGAGAUUGAGAAGUGCAAUUUUAAUGGAUUGAUGUUAGUGUGACAAAUCUGGAAUUCCAAAAACAUUCACUCUAUCUUGAUCAUGCCAAGGCACUGUCCGAGCGUUCGGGAGGAGAACACAGCUUUCUUUACAACAUAUACUACAUUCGUUAAUGAGAUCAUUCCCUCCAGGCACGUUGAAGCUGCCAUGAAACAUCGGGAGAAGUUUGCAAGAGCCCUCCCACACUGAUGUGAUAGAAGUCGGUGUCAGAUAGUAAAAUCGGAAUUUGCACUCUCAUUCUAUUAUAAUAACUAAACUUGUGUAUAAAGUUUGAGAGAUUUGAUAACUAAUAUUUCAAUGACCUGGUGAGGAGCCUUGGUAGAGUCCCCUGGAGGGAAGGUCUCAUCCAUGGUCCUCUGUGAUAUUGACCUCUACAAACAGAUUCUAGCUUAAGAUUCUGUUAGCAUUAAGUCAACUGAUUUUGGCUAUUAAGGCAACUGGAGCACUUCAGAUGGCAUUGAAGCUUAAAAUGUGGGUUGUGGUUCUAAUCUUGAUGCUUAUACACAUGAUCCCUGAUGGAAAAUGUGUAGAUGUAGAAAUUUAGUGAGCUCCGGGUAAGGCUAGGCGAUAAUGCCUUCACACCUGUCAUGUAUUUAUUCCAUCAAAAAGUAAAGAAUUUGCAUUAUUUAAAAGCAAUGAACUGAAACAAGCAAAAAUCAGGUUUUCAUGAAAAAGUAGAAAGAAAGGAAAAACAAAAUUAAUGUGGAAAUAAUCUUGUCAGUCAAAAUAAAGGUUUUGAUUUAUUUUUAAAA